AUGCCAAAUAAAGUAGCGCUAAUUGUAUGUUGGGUAAUUCUUGUCGUAGCAGCAGCCGUUGGAAUUGGUUUGGGCGUUGAUUGGGGUUCGGAAGCAAUAGUCCCUGCAGCUUCCGCAUCAUCCAAGGCUGUUGACACAGCCAAUGGAACCACCUUAACCGUAGAACCACCAAGCAUUGCCGUUGGCGGCCGACCUACAUUUUUGCCUACUAACGAGCCAUUUAGCCAGCCCACUAGCGUGCCGACGGAUGAGCCAUCUGCCAGUCCCUCCGACAUGCCUUCGUCUCUCGCACCCACCACUCUACCUGGAGCCACUCCUUUGAUUGUUGGAAACAGUACCCAAGUGUCCAUAUCUCUUCGCAGUUUUACAGACGAAGGUGGGAGCACUGUUCGGUCCAAAUUUACGUAUUCCAUUGAAGAGCCAGGGGCUUCCUAUGUCUCCAUUCACUUUGCCAGUUUUGAUUUCAGCAAAGAGUGCAGCAUGGAAAUUAGUGAUGCAGACGGUGUGCUGGUUGCCGAGUAUACUCUUCAAGGAAGACGCAAUUUAGGUAGCUUUUGGGCCCGUCACGUCGAAGGAGAUACUUUGAGUCUACUAGUCUUCUGUUUACUGGGAGCUGGUGAGAAUAAGGUUGAUUUUGAAAUUGAUGAAGUUGUCACUGGCUUGCCAGAUGAGCUUAUUGUGGAAGAUAUUCUUGAUGACAGUGCCAAUCGUCCUUCAAUCGGUGAUGGUGCCCUAAACACUACUCGCUAUCUGAGGGCUCAAGACCUCUUUCCCAUCCAAAAUCAUCGAGAAAUGGCACGGUGUGGAAGGGACGAUUCGACCAAUGCCAAAUGCUACAUGGAUUCCCAUCCUACUGAAUAUGAUUUGGGCAAGGCGAUUUCCCGCCUUAAAAUUGCUGGCCGCGGAACUUGCACGGGUUGGUUGGUCGGUCCCAACAAUCUUCUCAUGACCAAUCACCAUUGCAUCCGAGGUGUCGAUGACAUGGAGAAGACAGACUUUCAGUUCAUGGCCGAGGGUGCCAGUUGCAAUGUCGGUAAAGGGUCCACGGCGGGAUAUGAUGUCUAUGAUGGCAUUGAAAUUGUCAACUUUUCCUAUCAAAAAGACUAUGCCUUGAUUCGGCUCGAUGGAGAUCCGGCUUCCAAAUAUGGGUAUUUGGACAUUGACGAUCGGGUCGCCACAGUGGGUGAAACCAUUUUCAUUCCAGGUCAUCCUGCUGGAAGGGCCAAGCAAUUUUCAAUUAUGGAUACUCAAUCCAAUUCGGGUGCCAGUGAUGGCAGAUGUGCCAUCUUGGAUGUUGGCGGUGACAGUUGUGGUUAUUCCACACGUUACAAUUCCAUUCAAUAUACUUGCGAUACCUUGGGUGGUUCGUCUGGUUCUCCAGUCAUCUCGGUGGAUACUGGCAAAGUGCUUGGAUUACAUCAUUGCGGAGCUAUCGCCAAUACCAAUUGCCGAGAUGGCAACUUAGCCGUUCCCAUGGAAGGACCUGGUAUCUUUCAGGAAAUUAAAGAAUUUCUAGAGGCCCCAAUCCCCAAAACUCCCUUUCCAUCCACUUCUCCACCCACGACGUCGCCGCCAACACUCCAGCCCAGUUUCUUGCCCACCACUUCUGGAACGGCACCUCCUACCGUCGAAGUGACUUCUAGAUGUUUUGCUCCAAAAAUGAAAAUUGAAAUUCAAUUGGACAAUUAUGCGGCCGAGACGAGAUGGGAACUCUGGCAAACGGAUCCACCCAGAAUGAUCACCGGGGGAGGUGGAUACGAGAACAAUGCGCUGGUUGAAGAAGAACAUUGCUUGGCCGAUGAUGGAUUGCAUUAUUUGAGAUUCUUUGAUGAUUUUGGAGAUGGCUUUUGCUGUGGCAAAGGAAAUGGUUACUACAAGAUAUGGUACCAAGGCUUUCAAAUCUAUCAUAACAAUGGUGCAAUUGGCAAUUUCACGGAACUUGAGAUUAGUCCCGACCAAGUUUGUUUGGAUGUGCUGAUGCAUUUGACUCUCCAGACCGAUCGAUAUCCUGUGGAGACAACUUGGGAACUGUUGGACGAUAGCAGUGGUCUUGUGUUGGCUUCAGGAGGACCGUACUUUGAACGAUAUCAAUGGGUAGAAGAGUCCAUUUGUGGGACGAGUUUUGGUUCCUACACCUUCACAAUCAGGGAUUCCUUCAAGGAUGGCUUAUCCGCUGGCGGCUCCUUUACUUUGACGAGAGAUAAUGAGGUGAAGAUCGAGAGCGAUGGUGUCUUUGAAAGGUUUGUUUCCUAUUCAAUUCCUAGCCUUGGACCCGCUGAAAUCAUCAAUCAAGGUUGA